AUGGCACAGCAAGACGUCCAGAACGGAGAAAGCGAGAAGGUCGCGUCAGCUGUUGAGAUCAAGGCGGUGCUGACUCAGCUGGUGGUUCCCAAGGCCGACGACGCUGUUAAGUUCUACAAGGCUGCUUUCGGUGCUGUGGAGCUCGAGCGCUCAACUCACCCCAAGCGCAAGGCAGAGCAAGAGCGCCCGCUUAUCCUUUCUGCUCAGCUCAAGCUCGGCUCCUCCACAUUUCUCGUCUCUGACAACACUGAAGACUCCGGCGAGCCCGUGAAUGUUGUGGGUUCUGGUGCCAUUGCUCUCUGGCUUGAGACGCCUGACAUCGGAGCUGCUGUAGCCAAAGCCGUGCUGGCCGGAGCUGUCUCUGAGGGAGAGAUAACAACUGGCGUUUUCUCUGACCCGGAGCAGCCUGUGGGGAAGGUCAGGGACCCUUUCGGCUUUCUCUGGUUCUUCACCAGCCCGGUUGCCAAGAAGGCCGCAGCUGAGUCGGAAGCUCCGGUAACCGUCUGA